CUUUACGUUAGUUCAGUUCUUCUUCUUUAUUCAUUUCAGCUGGUGUUUCUGUUUAUCCAGAAAGAGAAUGCAGGUUUCCAAUCUUUGUAUUCUUGGCAUUUUUGCUAUUCAGCUUAUUACGGUAGCAGAUGGACAAAGAACGUGUUACUAUUUGGGUGUCACAUACAAACACGGCGACGUGUAUAGGCCCAUGUCUGCAGUCAAUAAUUGUAGUGAUGCAAUAUGUGACAACGGAGGUUUCAGACCGGCAAAUCCCGGCUGUAAUUUAGAUGGGAAAUGCUACAAAGUAGGAGAACAGUUUCAAGUGAAAUGUUCUAUUUUAGUGUGCGUGCAGAACAAAGAAGCGAAAUACUCUUAUUCAAAGGAAACCGUCACUAUCGGAUGCCGUGACAGCAACAAUCAAUGUCGCUUCGCUGGUGACUCCUUCCGCGAGACAGUCACAGACGCAACGUUUAAAGAGUGUAAAUGUGUGGGCUCAGUGUAUUAUCACGAUGGCACUGUUGAAUGUGGAGACAUUCAAACGGGGUGA